AUGCUCAACCCCUUCAGUAUCUUCACGCAGGCCUUUCCGCCGCGGCCGCAAUUCACGGAGAAGGAAAUUCCUGAUCUCUCUGGCAGGGUCUGCAUCGUAACAGGAGCAAACACUGGUGUUGGCAAGGAAGUCGCACAGAUUCUGUACUCCAAGAACGCCACCGUCUACGCUACCUCUCGUUCCGAAGAGAAGGGCCAUGUGGCCAUUGCUGCCAUCAAGGACGCGGUGCCUAAUUCCACCGGAAAGCUGGAUCUCCUCACUCUGGAUCUGGCCGAUCUUACCACCAUCAAACCCGCAGCAGACAUUUUCCUGGCCAAGGAGACACAGCUGCAUCUUCUCAUCAACAAUGCCGGCGUCAUGAUGCCGCCUCAGGGGAGCAAGACAGCCCAGGGGUACGAACUGCAGCUGGGAACAAAUUGCGUCGGCCCGUUCCUCUUCACCAAGCUGCUCACGCCGACUCUGGUACAAACGGCCAAGACAGCACCCAAAGACAGCUGCCGCGUUGUCUGGGUUUCGAGUUCAGCCGCAGAGGUGCUGUCGCCGAACCCCGCCAUCGAGAUUGAUAACCUCGACUACAGCAGGGACAGAAUCAAGGAGUUCAAAUACGGCAUCAGCAAGGCAGGCAACUAUUUCCACUCUACUGAAUUCGCCAAGCGACACAAGGCCGACGGCGUCAUCAGUCUCGCCUUGAAUCCGGGAAACCUUUCAUCAGAGCUGGAUCGCCACAUUACAGCGCUGAUCCCGACGUUAUUCAGAAGAGCUACCACGUAUCCGGCUAUCAACGGUGCUUACACUGAGUUGUUUGCAGCGCUAUCUCCCGACGUGACUAUUGAGAAGACGGGCGACUGGGUUGUUCCAUGGGGUCGUUUUUAUGCCAUUCGGGGUGAUCUCGUUCAGGACUCCAAGUCACGCGAAGAUGGUGGCACAGGUCUCGCCGAAGAUUUUUGGAAAUGGACUGAGGAGCAGGUAGCAAAGUACCUCUAA